AAUCUUAUGGCAGUACACACAAUGUGAAUGGAACACAGAUGGCCAACGCUAAAGCUCUGUCAAGCUCAAAUGGUACCAGACAGUCACAUGUCUCCACCAAACACUGUGGAUUACCAUUUAGUUCUAAUGAAAUUUCUGGGAUGCACAUGACCCUCAAACCCUGCGAGCAGCUGCAAAGCAGAACUAAUUCUGCAGGGACGUCCUUCACUGCAUCACAAAACGGACAAGCAUGCAUAUCAGAUAGAAGGUGUUCAUCCCUCUCCACCGCUGUGGUGGACACCUCAGAGAAGUGUGAACUGGUUAUUGUUGAUGGUAAAAAUGUCAGGAGAAGAGAAAAUACUGACUCCUGUGCAGAGAUUCCCCAGCUGCAUGUGGUUAAAUGUAAAAACAGCACCGCCUUCCGAUUAGUUUCACCAAAGCUCAACAGGAGGAAGAUGGUUGUUCCAGAUGGUGCUCAGCUUGGAAGCACUUCAGUAACUAGCAGAAAUAGCCAUCAAACACCGAACCCAUCACAGACAGAUACACCUCUAGUGGCAGAGAAACAGAAGACAUCCCAGCCUCCCUCUGCUCGUCCUAGACCUGACCACUUACCCCUAGGAUCUCCAGACCCCGGAGCCCACCCCCUCUAUCUGGGAGUAGCAUCUCUCACAGGCGGCAGAGACAGGGUGGGCAGGGCAGUAGUUGAACUGUAUGGUGACCACCAGGGAUGGCGAACAGCGGUAACAAGCCAGGAGAUCUUCCAGAUGCUGCUCUACUUCUACUCUAUUACCAGGAAAGAAAUCAGAGAAGCUGGGAUGACACUAGUGUUCGAUGCGAGGAAAACAAAUCCUCAGCCGCAGCUCUACAAGGCUUUGAUGACUCUUCAGGAACAGUGCCCCCAAGCAGCGAACAGUUUGGUUCUGCUGGUGGACAAAGAGAGCAACUUCAGACCAGAAAGGUGUCCAGGGAUACAGACUGAUAUGGUGACAUCAAUGAAGUCAUUGUUCAAGCUGGUGGAGGGGAGUCAGCUGAGCUCCCGCCUGGAUGGGACACUAUCUCACAGUAACAUUGACUGGAAGGACCUGCACCAGAAACUCUUCCCAUUUGUCUAUGAUCUUCAUGUGGCCUCCAGCCUGCUCCUGAGAGCCAUCAGUAAGCUAGACGAGCCCCGGAGGACAGACAGUGCACAGGCUGUGCAGCAGUGCAUGAAUGACCAGAGGACUCUGAUGAGGGACGUUCUGGAGGAUAGCCGAUUGGUCAGCCUGCAGAGAGAGGGUGGGGCUAUUCUGGCCAGGCUAAGGAAGGAGAGCGACCUCAAAUACCCCCAUUGCGAGGACUUUAGUGAUGCAGUGGACUCGGUGACCAGUCUGUACAACCAUGUGGAGGAGCAGGCUCACUUCCUUGUGCAGAGGUCCAACGUGUCACUGGAGCACCUGGAGUACCUGCUGCAACUCAGAGAGAUGGAGGGACACUUCACACAGAUUCAGCAGUGGGUUAAUGAAGAGGGAGAGCGCCAUCUGCUGGAGGCGGAGUCAGUCGAGGAUUCUGGAGACAGAAUGGAGCAGAUCCUCAACAGCUUCACUGGUUUCCUAAUUGAAGCUAAUGACCGACGACACCAUGCCAUGUCGCUGGUGUCAGAAGCUGAGCAGCUUCAGCAGAACGGGCUCUCGUACCCGGAGACUGAGACGUUCAAGGAAUUUGUCUACGCCUUCAAGUCAGGCCUAGAGGACUUCCUGUGCCGGGCAGAGGAGUGUGGUAGAGAGCUGCAGAUCAUGGUCAACGUGUGUGAUUUUUGUGAGCAGGCUACAGCACUGGCCAAUGAAUGCACUGACUACCUGGAUCAGAGUCAGUCCAGAAUCCAUGCAGUGCAGGACUUUGAAAGUGCCUCACAGGCUCAUCAAAGAGACCUUCUGCACCAAAACCAACACUCUAGCCCAAACGUUUCAUCCCUUUGUCAGUCUGAUAUCCAUGCAGAGCAUGGCUCAGAUCCAACCACCACCAGUAUUUCCCCUUCUUGCACUGACAGCUCCAUCCUCCGGGCUUUCCAAGACAGGUUCCAACAGUUCAGCCCAGAGAGAUUCCAGGAGGUAAAGGCCCAGGCCAGCUUCCUGCGGGGCCCCCGGGGGAUGCGUGUCUGGAACUUUGCCUGGCUGAGAUGUCAGGAAGCCAGGCAGCAGCUUCAGGAGAGGAUGCAGAAUGUGGAUGAGGUUUAUCACCAUCAACCAGAUUCUAGCAGCUGGUGUGAAGGUCAUUUUGUUGAUGUGGUGAGCACUAAUGUUCAGACAGCAUCUCCCGGUGGCCAGAAUUUGGUGGUGCAAUCAACCCCUGGGCCUCGGCAUCCGCAGUGGGAAAGCAUCGUGUCAGGAACAGUGGAUUUAGGAAAGAGAAGACCGAUCCUGGGCAACAAAAGCCCCAAUUCAACAACUGUAGCUUGCUGUAACAUCAUCAUCAAACCUGAGGAUCGCAGUGAUGCUGGAACAUACCAGGGGUCAAAGGUCCCUCCACAGUCACCUCAUAGGUCAGCAAAGAGAACAGAAAGAGAGCCGAGGAGGAGACAGACAAGCAGAGCAAGGAGCGAGAGAGAUGCUGCCGCUCUGUCUCAGUCCCACACUGUCGGCUGCCAGUGGUUUCCAUGGGGACGGGGUCUCGGAGCGAGGUCAGCAAGCCAGGACUCAUGUACCCCAGGAGCGGCACCAGUGGGGUCAUCCACUCCUCCAGAGCAGCGGGUUCGAACCUCAUCAUCUUGCUCCCACUACGGUCAGCCAUCUUGUCGAAUCCUCCAAGAAGCCCAGAAGUUUCAGAUCUCCCGCCACGGGAGCUUCUGCUCCGAAGAUUCCUGUAUGAGCGAGCAGGGGGCUGCGGAGGGUAAAGGGACUUCAUGGUGCAAACACUCCAGUCUGCCCAUUGGGAGAUAUGAGGGGGCCUUUUGUUUAGCGAGUCCACAGAGGAGUGCCAGCAAUGCCCUGAGGCUGCAGCGUGUCAUGGAGGAGUUGGUGUUCACAGAGAGGGAGUACAUCCGCUCCCUGGGCUACAUCCUCACUCACUACCUCCCCCUAAUGGACAGACUAGACAUCCCCCAGGACCUCAGGGGCAAGCGAGGGGUCAUCUUUGGCAACCUAGAGAAGCUUUAUGAUUUCCACAGCCACUAUUUCCUGCCUGAGCUGGAGGCCUGCCCAAGGGAGCCUGCAAUGAUGGCUCGCUGCUUUCUCAGACAUAGUGAGAGUUUUGGUCUGUAUGCUUUGUACAGCAAGAACAAACCUCAGUCAGACGCCCUGAUCCUUCACCGCCGCCAUGACAUCUUCAAGAAGAAGCAGCAGGAGCUGGGAGACAUGAUGGACCUUUCAUCCUACCUUCUGAGGCCUAUCCAGAGGAUUAGCAAGUACAGCCUUCUGCUACAGGACAUGUUGGCUUUGGCUGGCUCAUAUAGUCCAAAAGAUAUGAUCCAGGAUACACCGUGUAUGUCUAGCAUGUGCACACAAAGCGUGUCUAGCCCAACUAUGCAUGUGCCUGAUCUGACGAGCAGUGAGAGGGAGAGGGAGAGGGUUGAAAUCCAGGCUGCUGCAGAUCUGAUUCGAUUUCAGAUGCGCCACGGCAACGAUUUACUCACCAUGGAUGCCAUCCAGGACUGUGAUGUGAAUUUGAAAGAACAAGGCCAGCUGAUUCGCCAGGAUGAAUUCACAGUUUUCUUCAGGAAGAAGAAAUGUGUCCGCCGCGUCUUCCUCUUUGAAGAUCUGAUUCUCUUCAGCAAGACCAAGAAGACAGAUGUUGGAAAUGAUGUUUACAUCUACAAGCAGUCAUUCAAGACCAGCGACAUUGGAAUGACUCAUAACUCUGGUAUGAGCGGUCUGUGUUUUGAGAUCUGGUUCCGCAGGAGGAAAAGUGAGGACACCUACACUCUGAGAGCCUCAAGCAUGGAGAUGAAGAAAGCCUGGACCACAGACCUGGAGAGGAUACUCUGGGAUCAGGCUGCUCACAGUAGAGAGCUGCGUAUGCAGGAGAGGGUAUUCAUGGGAAUGGGUCGCAAACCAUUCAUGGAUAUUCAACCCAGUGAUGCAGCGAUCUGUGACCGAGCUAUCAGCUGUGUUCUUCCCGGGAGAAUCCCUAUGGCGUAUUGUUCACACAGGGGUUUAGAAUAUCCCCGACCUCACUCCAUUGACUCCGGCAGCACCACCUCCACCACCCUCAGCCAGUCGUCUUCCUCAUCCGGCCGUGGCUCACUGCCCCCUGCUGGUCAUCCUGGGAACCUGUCACAGGGAGUGGACACCAAUCCAGCUGUCUGCUCCUCCGCUGACAUUGUGACUGACAAUGAGCUCAACAAUCAUCAUCUAAAUCAUCAUCAUCUCCACCGUAACUGUGAACAGUGCGAAACUCACCACCCUCUGAUGGACAGCAGUGAGUCAUCUGGGGAGUGCACGAAUCUCUUCAGCAGCUCAGCGCACAGCUGUCUGUCUGCCAUUGGUGGUGAAAGAGUGGACGACUCCUCCUGUGUGUCUCAGAGUUCACAGACUCAGCCACCGAUCUGUCGGACACCCAGCCUGAGGAAAAACAGCUCACCGGCAACUACCAGAAAGAAGCCAGGUGUAGCCCCCAAACCUCCACAUCUGGCUAAUUCUCAAGUGCAGGGUGAUAAACUUGUAAUUGGAAAAUCAACAUAAGUUUAGCCUUGGACCCUCACCAGAAGGAAGAUUGGCAUUCAGCUCAGGCUGGUCACUCCUGCUCCGGUCACCCUGCAGAUGGAUGGAUUGUGUAUGAUCAGGUCUUGUCAUGUUAGAGGUCUGCAGUGUAUGUAUCAUACUUCAGUCACUCAAAUGUGGUCAUUUUGAUCACAUGAAGAAAAUACUGCUGCUAAGCUGAUGUCACUGAAACAUUCACCAUGGAGUGAGAAGUGUCGACCCAUCAGUGGGAGUUUUUUUUAACAAACAGAAACACGUAUGUGAUACACGACAUGUGCCUUCCUCUUUUUGUCCAGCAGAAUCACCUUAACA